AUGAUCAAGAAGAAGGUUGAAGCAUUCAAAGGAGAGAUGCAAUGGCUAUUUCACAUGAGCGAUCUAGGCCUUCUCUCCUACUACCUCAGGAUCAAGGUGAAGCAACACCAGGAGGCGGCGACUCUGGGCCAAGCCGCAUACGCCCAGAAGCUGCUCAAGAAGGCGGGGAUGCAGGACUGCAACUCUUGUCAGGCACCCGUGGAGGUGCGCCUGAAGAUGACAAAGGCGAGCAACACGCCAAUGGUCAACUCCACCAUGUGGCGCAGCCUGGUGGGCAGCCUGUGGUACCUCGUACACACCUGGCCUGAUAUCUCCUUCGCAAUUGGGUAUGUCAACCGGUACAUGGAGCAACCCCACGAAGAACAUCUGGCGGCAGUGAAGCACAUCCUGCACUACAUCGCCGGAACUAUCGACAAUGGCAUCGCCUUCCCCAAGCGCGGCUGCAAGCAGCACCAACUGAUCGGGUUCAGCGACAGCGACUUGGGGAGGGGGGAGGGGGGACAUCGACGACAGGAAGAGCACCACGGGAGUGAUCUUCUUCCUCAACAACAUGCCCAUCUCGUGGAUGUCUCAGAAGCAGAAGGUGGUGGCCCUUUCGUCCUGUGA